CAAUUUUUUAUUUUUAUUACCGCUAUAUCAUUUAAUACCGACUACAACCGCGUCGUAAACGGUGUAGUUUGUACUUCGCAGCGUAGGAUAUACGAGUGACCGAGUGAGUGGUGGGAGUAGCGUACUGGAAGUUGGACCUAGCGAAAAUGGCAGUAACCUCUGUAACUAACAAUUGUCUUCGACUUCAAUCAAUCGCAGUUCCUCUCAAAUUCGAUAAGGGUUUCACUCCCAAUUUACGAUGCUUUACUACUCAGAUCUCUCAACAUCCAUUUCGAUCAGCGUACAAUAAAAAUUAUCGUCCGGCGCAUAAUUUUUCGCGAGUUUAUGCUAAGAUUACUAAGGAAGAAGAUGGUACUUCUACUGCUUUAGAAGGGGACGGAGAUAGUAGUCAAACAUAUCAGAAUAAUAAGGGCAACAAGUCUCCUUUAUCAACUUCUACAGGGAGUGCAGUAAAAGAGAAGAAUGAUCAACAUAGCUAUACAUCAUCUGUCAAAACCGUUGCUUUGUGUGUAUGUUCUGCUGUGGCUUUUGGUAUUGGCUUGGGUUUAAACGAUGGUGUUGGAAAAGCUUCUGAAUUUUUUGCGGGGUACUUGUUGGAGCAAAGUCUUUCCGUGGACAAUCUGUUUGUUUUUGUUUUGAUUUUCAAGUACUUUAAGGUGCCCCUUAUGUACCAGAAUCGUGUGCUUUCUUAUGGUAUUGCUGGCGCCGUUGUAUUCCGUUUGUCAUUGAUAGUUCUUGGGACGGCCACUCUUCAGAGAUUUGAAGUGGUGAACCUGCUAUUGGCAGCAAUCCUCCUUUUUUCUGCUUUUAAGUUAUUCACCGCUGAAGAAGAAGAUGAAGACUUGUCGGACAAUUUCAUAGUAAAGACUUGCCAAAAAGUUAUUCCUGUGACAGCUACUUACGAUGGCAGUCGUUUUUUCAGAGUCGAUAAUGGUGUAUGGAAGGCAACACCCUUACUUCUUACUGUAGCAGUUAUUGAGUUGAGUGAUAUUGCGUUUGCUGUUGACUCAAUACCUGCAGUUUUUGGUGUGACUCGAGAUCCUUUCACAGUCUUUACCUCCAAUCUCUUUGCCAUCUUAGGGUUGAGAUCAUUGUAUACCCUUAUAUCUGAGAGCAUGGCCGAAUUGGAGUACCUACAGCCAUCAAUCGCUGUUGUUUUAGGCUUCAUCGGGCUGAAGAUGAUCCUUGAUUACUUUGGAUUCCAUGUGGGAACUGAAGUCUCUCUUGGUUUUGUGGCUACAAGCCUUACUGCUGGUGUGCUUCUGAGUUUGAAUAAGAAAUCUGAAAGUUAGAAGUUACGUGGGAGUAUAACUCCAACCGACAUAUCGCUGGCGGGAAUGCAAUUUGUCAGUAUGGUGUGGUGACCUUACAAGUUAUAACCAAUGUCUAACUCAUCCGGAGAAGAAGCUCAUGUCAUGGAAUGCUGAGGUCAAGGAAGGGUUAAUGGAAUUCUUGGUUUCAGCUUCUUUUAUGCUGGUGGAUUCUGAUGCAAGAUAAUGAGUGGCGACUGACGAGUGCUUCUUCACCCUUCCAUCUUCCCUUUAUCUUCUUUCCUAGGGUACCAUCUAGUUUUUGGAUCAUUGUUGGGGCUGAUUGUUGGAUCUUCGCUCUCCCGAACUUAAUCUAGAAGAUUACCACAACUAGCAAUAUUUCCAUUCUUUAUGUAUAUAUUUUUUUCAUUGAAUAAAUAUCACUGUUUCUUUUUUUAACUUUAUAUUAAAAUUGCUGUGUCUAUCUAAUGUACUUUUCUGUCUGGUUAAAAGGAA